AUGGUUGACAGAGUCUUCGUGGUGUCGGACGUGCACGUCGACGCGACGGCGAACGCGGCGUGGGUGCGCGGACUGCGAGAUCGGCGCGGGUGUGCGGGCGCGGGAAGAGACGUGCUGUGCGUGGGGGGGGACGUGUCGGACGACGUCGAGGAGGUGCGCGCGGCGUUGGAGGAAUUUCAAGCGCGCGGGUUCGCGGAGGUGUUCUACACGUUUGGGAAUCACGAGUGUUGGAUGAACGCGGAGGAUGAGAGGGUGGGAAGGGAGACGUCGGUGUCGAAGAUUCGAGAUUUAUUGGCGAUAUGUGAGGAAAUGGGGGUGCGAACGAGACCGGGGAAGGUUGGGGACGGGUUGUGGAUCGCGCCGUUGCACUCGUAUCAUCACCGCGGUUUCGAUACGGAGCCCGAGGUGGACGCGCCCGAGGUGCCGCCGGUGGAGCGAGUGAUGAACGACUUUCGAUUCGCGCGAUGGCCGGAUAAUCUGAGCGAUAUGACGGACGACGUCGCGCGGUGGUGCGAUGGGCUCAACGACCACGGUUGGGACGAGUUCGUGGCUUCCAUCGAGCCGGGAGACAAGGUGCUCUCGUUCAGUCAUUUCCUCCCUCGUCUCGAACUAAUACCGGAGAAGAGGAUGCUAUUUUACCCCAGACUCGCGCAAGCGAGCGGAAGUGAGUUUCUCAGAAAACGUGUGGAUACGCUCAAGGCGCGCGUGAACGAAGGCAACCUCACGCACGCGUUCGGCCAUACCCACUUUGGAUGGAAUCAGACGCUCGACGGCGUGCGCUACGUCCAGGCGGCGCUCGCGACUCCCUCGGAGUGGAGCAAGCGUCCUCGCAGCUUGGAAAUCGGUGAAUUUACCAAUCUUUCAGAAGAACCGCUCUGUGUCUACGAGCACGGCGAGUUCGUUGAAGGACAGCGCGCGAUGUGGAGCGAUUACUACGCCGCCAACGAGCGAGCGCCCGAGGACGUCGAGCUCCUUCCGCACGCCCGACAGUUCAUCCGUCAGCGCUGGGGCCCCGGUCGUCGAGCCACCGUCUCGAGCGACGCAUCCUCACUCCAUCCCGGCGCCACCGGCGUCGUGGAGCGACGCUAG